AUGAAUCCACAGCAAUCCCAAAUGCCAGAUCAACAACAACAGCGAGUUGAACCACCUGAUAUAGGAUCUAUGCAAAUAGAUGAUAUAAACACAACUUCUCAACCAAAAACCUUCCUACAAACCCUAUUACUUGAUAAACACCUUUCACCAAAUCCAGAAAAUCUUAGUAACAUAACCUCUGAUGCUAUCUUAACUGACGAACUCCUCCUACAGGCUGACAACGAUGAUAACUUUAUUCCCAUCAGUGCGAAUGAUAAAUCGCGUUUAUACGAACCUUGGAAAUAUUCAGUUAUAAUAAAACUGUUUGGACGUAAGAUUGCACAUCAUAUUCUGAGAAACAAGCUCAUUAACCUUUGGAAGCCGACUGAGGAACUGUCUCUAAUUGAUCUAGGAUUUGAUUUUUUUCUUAUAAAGUUUAAAAAAGAAGAGAAUAUGAUGACAUCACUAUAUGGUGGUCCUUGGUUCAUUUUGAACCAUUUUCUAUCUGUCCGUAGGUGGGAGCCAAAAUUUAUAGCAUCUUCUACUCAACUCAUGUACUCAGCUUUGUGGAUGAGGCUUCCUGAGCUUCCUACUAAAUUCUAUGAUUUGGAAAUUCUCCAAAGAGUUGGGUCAAAACUGGGUAAACUACUAAAGAUCGAUUCUUGCACUUCGUCUACUUCUAGGGGAAGAUACGCAUGA